AUGAAAUUAAAGCUGUUUACAAAAAGACACGCACACGCAUCCGGCGGCAGUCAACAAAAGGAUAACAACGUUAAUAGCGCCUGCGCACUUUUUCUGAUGGGAGACAGUUCCGAAGAUGUAUUAAAACUCAAGUUGAACAAUGGAAAUGAAAUGCCAGCUAUUGCUUUGGGCACUCAUUUGGGUUUUGAUGAGCAUGGCAUGGUACACUCUUCUAACAAGGAACUCCGUGACAUCAUACUUCGCGCAAUAGAGCUUGGCUAUCGUCACUUCGAUACGGCUUCUGUAUAUGAAACGGAAGGAGAGAUAGGAGAAGCCAUAUGUAUGAAGAUUAAAGAAGGGGAGAUUGAAAGAGAAGACGUUUUUGUUACUACUAAGCUUUGGAACACGAAUCACAACCGGGAACAAGUGCCAACCGCACUGAGAGAUACUUUAGAGAAAAUGGGACUUAACUACGUUGAUUUAUAUCUAAUGCAUUGGCCCAUCGGACUCAACGAGGACUAUACACACUCAGAUGUAGACUACAUGGAAACCUGGAGAGGAUUGGAGGACGCCCAACGCCUCGGCUUAACAAAGGGUAUAGGAGUAUCCAAUUUUAAUAGCACUCAAUUAAAGAGGGUGGUCGAAGAAGGCAGUAUAAAGCCGGCUGUUUUGCAAAUAGAGAAUCAUCCCCAAAUAACCCAGCAAGAGUUGGUGGAUUACGCCCACGAGCAAGAUAUAGUUGUCAUGGGCUAUUCACCCCUUGGAUCUUUAGUUAAGAGAUACGGCGUCCAGCUUCCUGGGCCGAAGAUUAAUGAUCCAAUUUUAACGGGUAUAGCCAGAAAGUAUGGGAAGACUACGCCCCAAGUUGUUUUGCGGUGGUUGGUUGACAGAAAUAUUGUGCCAAUAGUAAAAACUAUUAAAGUACACCGGCUAAAAGAAAAUAUGGAUAUUUUUGAUUUCCGUUUAAAAGAAGAUGAAAUAGCUGCUAUCAGCAAUUUCGACGAACACAAAAGAUACACCUGUCCAUCGUUUUGGCAAAACCACCCUAAUUAUCCCUUUGAGAAAGUAGAUGACCCUAUUCCAGACCCCUUUCUGACAAAAAAAUAG